AUGGCCGAGUUCCUCCAGAAUGUGCCCCUCCCAACCAUCGAUCGCCCCUUUGGCGUGCACCUGUGGCCUAUCUUCGAUAAGGCCUUUGAACAGGUCAAGGGAUACCCCGCCAGCGAGUUCAAGUUCCAGGAGGGUGUGACUGCCAUGUCCACCCUUAAGGAGACCGCUGCCCUUCUCGUUACCUACUACGUGGUUAUCUUCGGUGGCCGCGAGGUCAUGAAGAAACUCCCCGCCUUCAAGCUCAACACUCUCUUCAUGCUCCACAACCUGCUCUUGACCAUCAUCAGUGGAGUCCUGCUGGUCCUGUUCCUGGAGCAGUUGAUCCCUACUCUCUGGCACCACGGCAUUUUCCACGCCAUCUGUGACCACAGCGGUGGUUGGACCCAGCCCCUCAUUGUUCUCUACUACUUGAACUACCUCAACAAGUACUGGGAGUUCAUCGACACCCUUUUCCUGGUCCUCAAGAAGAAGCCCUUGACCUUCCUCCACACUUACCACCACGGUGCCACUGCCCUUCUCUGCUACACCCAGCUCAUUGGUUUGACUGCCGUGCAAUGGGUUCCCAUCACCAUCAACCUGCUGGUCCACGUGGUCAUGUACUGGUACUACUUCCAGAGUGCCCGUGGCGUUAAGAUCUGGUGGAAGAAGUACAUUACCAUGCUGCAGAUCCUCCAGUUCGUCAUUGACGUUGGUUUCAUUUACUUCGCCUCGUACAACUACUUCUCCUCCACCUACUUCCCCUGGGCUCCCAACAUGGGCAACUGCGCUGGUGAGGAGUUCGCCGCCUUCGCUGGUAUUGCUAUCAUCACCUCGUACCUGUUCCUGUUCAUCGGUUUCUACAUUGCCACCUACAAGAAGGAGGUCAAGGUCGGCCGCCCCCGCAGCAACACCGGCAAGAAGUCCCUGAUCGACAUGAAGAACUUCGAGAUCCCCUCCCCCGCUGCCAACGGCUCCGCUGUCUCUUCCGGCCGCUCCAACGGCCCCGUCACUCGCUCCCGCAAGGCGUAA